AUGGCUCCCUCAGACAAGGUCACUCCAGAAGUCCUAUGGGCACAACGCUCAUCCGACUCCGACGCCGAGAAGAACUACAUCUUCCUCACAAUCAGCGUGCCGGACGUACCACCCAAAGCCCUCCAGCUGGACCUGAAGCCCACCGGCCUGUCCUUCACCGGCACAUCGGAUUCCAAAAAGACCACCUACCACCUCGAGAUCGAGUUCUUCGCUGAAAUCGACGUUGAGAAUUCCAAGACACAUCACACUCCCGCGAAUAUCCAAUUGGUGCUGCGAAAGAAGGAUUUGAAGGAAGAAUACUGGCCUCGUCUGCUCAAGGAUAAGGCAAAGGUCCACUAUCUGCGCACGGACUUUGACAAGUGGGUCGAUGAGGACGAACAGAACGAGGCCCCCGAGGAUGACUACCUAAACCAGUUCGGCGGCGGCAUGGGCGAGGACGGCGGCUUUGGUGGCAUCGACUUCUCCAAACUCGGCGGCGGUGCGGGCGGCAUGCCUGGUAUGGAGGGCAUGGGUGCCGAGGGUGCUGACGAUGAGGAGGAUGACGACGAGGACGACGAUGAGGACAUGCCUGAUCUCGAAGAAGACGACAAGGAGGCCUCUACGGACAAGGGCAAGGGCAAGGCCUAG